GAGGCCGCCAUUUUGUUUGGCUGAGGAAAGGAUCGGGGUCGUGGGGGAGGGGUCGUAGACUCAGCUCACCUGACUGGCGGAGGAGCAGCUGUGGGUCCCGGGAGGGUCUUUCUCCCGGCCCGGGAGCAAGGAAUCAUGUAUAUAAAACAGGUUAUUAUCCAGGGUUUUCGAAGUUAUAGAGAUCAGACAAUUGUAGAUCCAUUCAGUUCAAAACACAAUGUCAUAGUGGGCAGAAAUGGAUCCGGAAAAAGUAAUUUUUUUUAUGCUAUUCAGUUUGUACUCAGUGAUGAAUUUAGUCAUCUUCGUCCAGAACAGAGAUUGGCUUUGUUACAUGAAGGCACUGGACCUCGAGUCAUAUCUGCUUUUGUUGAGAUCAUUUUUGAUAAUUCAGACAACAGAUUACCGAUUGAUAAAGAAGAAGUUUCACUUCGUAGAGUCAUUGGUGCCAAAAAAGAUCAGUAUUUUUUAGAUAAGAAAAUGGUAACGAAGAAUGAUGUGAUGAAUCUACUUGAGAGUGCUGGAUUUUCUCGAAGUAAUCCUUAUUACAUUGUCAAACAAGGAAAGAUUAACCAGAUGGCCACAGCACCUGACUCUCAGAGACUGAAGCUAUUGAGAGAAGUAGCUGGUACUCGGGUAUAUGAUGAACGUAAAGAGGAAAGCAUUUCUUUAAUGAAAGAAACAGAGGGCAAACGAGAAAAAAUCAAUGAGUUGUUAAAAUAUAUUGAAGAGAGAUUGCAUACUCUGGAGGAGGAAAAAGAAGAACUUGCACAGUAUCAAAAAUGGGAUAAAAUGAGGCGAGCCCUGGAAUACACCAUUUAUAAUCAAGAGCUUAAUGAAACCCGUGCCAAACUCGAUGAGCUGUCUGCUAAAAGAGAGACAAGUGGAGAGAAAUCCAGACAAUUAAGAGAUGCUCAACAGGAUGCUAGAGAUAAGAUGGAGGAUAUUGAACGACAGGUUCGAGAAUUGAAAACAAAAAUUUCAGCAAUGAAAGAAGAAAAAGAGCAGCUUAGUGCUGAAAGACAGGAACAAAUUAAACAGAGGACUAAAUUAGAGCUUAAAGCUAAGGAUUUGCAAGACGAAUUAGCAGGCAACAGUGAACAAAGGAAACGCCUGUUAAAAGAAAGGCAGAAGCUUCUUGAGAAAAUAGAGGAAAAGCAAAAAGAACUUGCAGAAACUGAACCUAAAUUUAACAGUGUAAAAGAAAAGGAAGAGCGAGGAAUUGCUAGAUUGGCACAAGCUACCCAGGAAAGAACAGACCUUUAUGCAAAGCAAGGUCGAGGAAGCCAGUUCACAUCCAAAGAAGAAAGAGAUAAAUGGAUUAAAAAAGAGUUAAAGUCUUUAGAUCAAGCUAUUAAUGACAAAAAACGACAGAUUGCGGCUAUACACAAGGACUUGGAAGAUACUGAAGCUAAUAAAGAAAAAAAUUUGGAGCAGUACAAUAAACUGGAUCAGGAUCUUAAUGAAGUGAAGGCUCGAGUGGAAGAACUGGAUAGAAAAUAUUACGAAGUAAAGAACAAGAAAGAUGAAUUACAGAGUGAAAGAAAUUAUUUAUGGAGAGAGGAAAAUGCAGAACAACAAGCACUUGCUGCCAAACGAGAAGACCUUGAAAAGAAGCAGCAACUUCUUAGAGCAGCAACAGGAAAGGCCAUUUUAAAUGGCAUAGACAGCAUAAACAAAGUUUUGGAUCAUUUUCGUCGAAAAGGCAUAAAUCAGCAUGUUCAAAAUGGCUAUCAUGGUAUUGUGAUGAAUAACUUUGAGUGUGAACCAGCUUUCUACACGUGUGUUGAAGUCACUGCUGGAAACAGGUUGUUUUAUCAUAUUGUGGAUUCAGAUGAAGUCAGUACCAAGAUUUUAAUGGAGUUUAAUAAAAUGAACCUUCCAGGAGAAGUAACCUUUCUGCCACUCAACAAGUUGGAUGUCAGAGAUACAGCCUAUCCAGAAACCAAUGAUGCUAUUCCAAUGAUCAGUAAACUAAGAUACAAUCCAAGAUUUGACAAAGCUUUCAAACAUGUGUUUGGAAAGACACUGAUUUGUCGGAGCAUGGAAGUUUCUACACAGUUGGCCCGUGCCUUUACUAUGGACUGUAUUACUUUGGAAGGGGAUCAAGUUAGCCAUCGAGGUGCUCUAACUGGAGGAUAUUAUGAUACCAGAAAGUCUCGGCUUGAAUUGCAGAAAGAUGUUAGAAAAGCUGAAGAAGAACUAGGUGAACUUGAAGCCAAGCUCAAUGAAAAUCUUCGUAGAAAUAUUGAAAGGAUUAAUAAUGAAAUUGAUCAGCUGAUGAAUCAAAUGCAACAAAUUGAAACCCAGCAGAGGAAAUUCAAAGCAUCUCGAGACAGUAUUUUAUCAGAGAUGAAGAUGCUGAAAGAGAAGAGACAGCAGUCUGAAAAAACCUUUAUGCCAAAGCAACGUAGCUUGCAAAGCUUAGAGGCAAGUUUACAUGCCAUGGAAUCGACAAGAGAAUCACUGAAAGCAGAACUGGGAACAGAUUUACUCUCUCAACUCAGCCUGGAAGAUCAGAGACGAGUAGAUGAUUUGAAUGAUGAAAUUCGGCUGCUACAGCAAGAAAACAGACAGCUCUUAAAUGAAAGGAUUAAAUUGGAAGGCAUAAUAACUCGAGUAGAGACUUAUCUCAAUGAGAAUCUGAGAAAACGCUUAGACCAAGUAGAACAGGAACUUAAUGAACUGAGAGAAACUGAAGGUGGUACUGUUCUCACUGCUACAACAUCAGAACUUGAAGCUAUCAACAAACGUGUAAAAGAUACUAUGGCACGAUCAGAUGAUCUGGACAAUUCCAUUGACAAAACAGAGGUUGCAAUUAAAGAUCUUCAGAAGAGCAUGGAGCGCUGGAAAACUAUGGAAAAAGAGCACAUGGAUGCUAUAAACCAUGAUACAAAAGAGCUUGAAAAGAUGACAAACAGGCAAGGCAUGCUUCUGAAGAAAAAAGAAGAGUGUAUGAAGAAAAUCCGAGAGCUUGGGUCACUUCCCCAAGAGGCAUUUGAAAAAUACCAAACUUUAAGUCUCAAACAGCUGUUUCGCAAACUUGAACAAUGCAACACAGAACUAAAGAAAUAUAGUCAUGUCAAUAAAAAAGCUUUAGAUCAAUUUGUAAAUUUUUCUGAGCAGAAAGAGAAAUUAAUUAAAAGACAGGAAGAGUUGGAUAGGGGCUACAAAUCAAUCAUGGAGCUGAUGAAUGUCCUUGAACUCCGGAAAUACGAGGCUAUUCAAUUAACUUUCAAACAGGUGUCAAAGAACUUCAGUGAAGUGUUUCAGAAAUUGGUACCUGGUGGCAAAGCUACAUUGGUGAUGAAGAAAGGUGAUGUGGAAGGUAGUCAAUCUCAAGAUGAAGGAGAAGGAAGUACUGAAAGUGAGAGAGGUUCUGGUUCACAAAGCAGUGUCCCAUCAGUUGACCAAUUCACUGGAGUCGGAAUAAGGGUAUCAUUUACAGGAAAACAAGGUGAAAUGCGGGAAAUGCAACAGCUUUCAGGUGGACAAAAAUCUUUGGUGGCUCUUGCGCUAAUUUUUGCAAUUCAGAAAUGUGACCCAGCUCCUUUUUACCUGUUUGAUGAGAUUGACCAGGCUUUGGAUGCUCAGCAUAGAAAGGCUGUAUCAGAUAUGAUUAUGGAACUUGCUGUACAUGCUCAAUUUAUCACAACUACAUUUAGGCCUGAACUACUCGAGUCAGCUGAUAAGUUCUAUGGUGUAAAGUUCAGAAAUAAGGUUAGUCACAUUGAUGUGAUCACAGCAGAGAUGGCCAAAGACUUUGUGGAAGAUGAUACCACUCAUGGUUAAUUGGAAACUAUUGGCAGCUUGUUUGGAAGAUGUGUAUAGUAUGAAACCUCAACUGAGGAACUGUAAAUUUCAAACUAAAUAUUUGGUCAAUGUUAAAAAUAGUUUUUGAGCUUAUAUUUUAACUAAGAAGGCCCAAGGAUUCUUAGUUUUGGGUGACCUUGUGUAUUCAUUUUAUGUUUCUGUUGCUGUAUUCUUUUAUAAAAUACCUGUUUAUGUACCUUUAUACUUGUAGUUUUAAGAACUCUUCCUCUACAAUCUUUUUGUAAAGUGUCCCUUUGCUGUUUUAAAUCUUUUUGAGACAUGCUUGAUAGCUUUCUCUAAUUAUAAUUUUAUCAACUGUACUGCUUCAUUCUUUUAAAAAAUAUAUAGCUUCAAUUAAAUGAUUGAUUUUAUGGCUGUAACUUAGUA